AUGAUGAAAGUAAGAGAACGGGCUUUGAAAAAAUUUUCGUAUGACAUCCAAAUGCAAACGUGUGUCAUGUUUUUCCCUCACACAGUCAAAUACAUAAUGGUGGAAAAACCAAUGGAAGAGGGUGCAGAAGAGCUCGAAGAACCUCCCGAACCUGUGAUGAUAAAAAAAAGGGUGUGUGAGGUGGCCAAUUCGUGUGCUAGUAAGUAUGAGGAACUGAUCGUUAUUGAAGCUAAAGAAGUGAAUUUGACGGAAGAUAGUUUGUUCCAGUUGUUUUUUGUGGAAAGAGAGUUUUUGGAAAGUUUUUCGCAAGAAUUGGUCGAUGAGCUGUUGAGUAAAAAAGUGUAUUCUGUAAUGUUGUCAAUGCCUACUGUCAAACACGACACCACUUCCCAAGAAACAGCCGAAAAUUCACCUGUUCCCGACUUAAUGGGAGAAAUAGAGUUGAAGUUGAGCAAGAUAAUUUAUGGUGACGGAAGCCCAUUAAACCCUAGUCCGAAUUCACUUGCAGAUGUACAUGCGGCAGUAGACGAAUACGGACAAAAAAUACCAUCAAUAUAUACUCCUAGAAAUCCUUUGAGUAAAGCUUCAGCACUCACCAUUUUGUUCGACAAAUUCUGCCGAAAUAAUGGAUAUAUCGCACCCCAGCCACCUUUACCACAGUACCUUAUCAUUUUCGAUAUCAACAAAUCAAACACCGUAUUACCGAUUAUUGAGGAUAUGGAAGACACAGUCAUCUACUACGGGUUUUUCCGUAGCGCCGAUCCUGAAAACCCCAAGCUGCUGUGUAAAGACCCUGAAUUGUUGUCUGUAUAUGGCAUGGACAAGGUUGGCAAAGAGGCUAAAUUGGUGUUGGCUGUGCUUAUGGACGACAAGGACAAGAGUCUGUUGCGGUUUGUCGACAUUGGUCCGAUAUACGUGAGCCCGGAUCACCAAGUGGGCAUCGACGAUGCUAUCAAGUUUUUCCCAUAUAACUUCGACGAGAUGGACGGCGAGAUAAAAAUGUGGCUGGCACAGCAGGAGCUUCUGAACGAGGAGGAUACGGGUGCGGAGUACGAAUUUGACGAAGGUAAUGAGGGAAUUAUUGAAGAAGAGUACUUAUCUCAAGAUCAGCAACAGGUCCCAGAGAAGUAG